GGCGGCGCCACUAGGAGAGAGAGGACCAUGCUGGAUUGACUGCAGACAAGCAACCACAAUCAAUGGCUCGGCUUUGAAAUCGUUCACAAUUUAUCGGCAAGGAAAGAAGACGAGAGAGGAGAGGAGUGAGACGAGAGAGCGCGCGCGCGUGUGUGGGUGUGUGCGUGCGUGCGUGCGUCCGAGCGGGGUGGAAUUAAAGAUCCCCCCCCCUCUUUAUUUCCUCCCCCAAACAUGGAGCUUACAAUGGAGAGCAUUGGCAACCUGCACGGCGUGGCUCACUCGCACCAAAGCGGGGAGCUCAUGAACGCCCCCCACCACGCGCGGCAGCCGUCGGCGGCGUCGCACCGGAACUUGGUGUCGUCCCACGGCCGCUCGGCCAUGGUGUCCAGCAUGGCCUCCAUCCUGGAGGGCGCGGGCGACUACCGCGCCGACCACGCGCUCUCCGGGCCCUUGCACCCGGCCAUGAGCAUGUCGUGCGACUCGGGGGGCAUGAGCCUGAGCAGCACCUACACCACCCUGACGCCGCUGCAGCACCUGCCGCCCAUUUCCACCGUGUCGGAGAAGUUCCACCACCCGCAUCCGCACCCGCACCCGCACGCGCACCCGCACCACCACCACCCGGCGCACCAGCGGCUGGCGGCGGGCAACGUCAGCGGCAGCUUCACGCUCAUGCGGGACGACCGCAGCCUCGCCUCCAUGAGCAACCUGUACGGCCACUACCCCAAGGACAUGUCCGGUAUGGGCCAGUCGCUUUCUCCGCUCUCCAACGGUUUGGGGCCUUUGCACAGCUCCCAGCAGUCCCUGGGCGCCUACGGUCCCGGAGCGCACCUCUCCAACGACAAGAUGCUCUCCGCGGGGGGGUUCGACUCCCACGCCGCCAUGCUGUCCCGGGGCGAGGAGCACCUGGCGCGGGGACUCGGCGGCCACAGCGCCGGCCUCAUGACGUCCCUCAACGGCAUCCACCACCACAGCCACCCGCACUCUCAGGCCAACGGCUCCAUGCUGUCAGAGCGGGACCGGCAGACGGUGGUGGGGGGCGCGCAGGGCGGAGGCUCCGGCCAGGUGGAGGAGAUCAACACCAAGGAGGUGGCGCAGCGAAUCACGGCCGAGCUCAAGCGCUACAGCAUCCCGCAGGCCAUCUUCGCCCAGAGGAUCUUGUGCCGCUCGCAGGGGACCCUGUCCGACCUGCUGCGGAACCCUAAACCGUGGAGUAAACUCAAGUCGGGCCGGGAGACCUUCAGGAGGAUGUGGAAGUGGCUCCAGGAGCCCGAAUUCCAGCGGAUGUCGGCGCUCAGGCUUGCAGCCUGCAAGCGCAAAGAACAGGAGCAACACAAGGACCGCAACACCGCGCCCAAGAAGCAGCGCCUGGUCUUCACCGACCUGCAGCGGCGCACGCUCAUCGCCAUCUUCAAGGAGAACAAGCGGCCAUCCAAGGAAAUGCAGAUCACCAUCUCCCAGCAGCUCGGCCUGGAGCUCAGCACCGUCAGCAACUUCUUCAUGAAUGCGCGGCGCCGCUGCGUGGACCGCUGGCACGACGACCACGGCACCAGCCCCGGGCAGCCGGGCACCUCCGCCACCACCUUCUCCAAGGCCUGAGAGGUGGAGGAGGAAGAGUUAGGAGGAAGAGGGCAAUCCAGACCUGGGCGAGCAGGCGUAGGCCUCGGUCUAUGACAACCCUUCCUGGCCUGGACCUUCCGAUUACGUCCUCUGCCCAAAAAAAAAUCCUUUGUGCCAUGCAAUCAUCUUUUUGUCGCUCAAAAAUGUCAAGCUCUAAAUGGGGAAAAAGGUAAAGUCAGGUCCACUCUGUAUUACUCACACAAGGACAAUCAUUGAUUCCGAGUCUUUUUUUUUUUUUGAAAGGAAACCAUCCUUAGGGCAUCUAAGUAAAGAGAUACCAAAGAUUUCUUUCUGUUGUUGUUGGACUGAAUUGGGCACAAACGACGUAGCCACUCAUGCUAACUCCCCCCCCCCCCCUUCCUGAUUCAACCCACGUCACCCCUCUACGGAAGUACGGCAAUAAAUCUGACACCACAGCACAUAGCCUUACUGUUCGUCAUAGCCCAAAACGACGAAAGGCUUUCUCCCUUGCCUCUACCUCCCCCCACCGCUCAUCCCUCGGCUAACGGUAUUCCCCGAUGGCCGGCCAUCUCACAAAGCAGCUCCGCCUGAUCACACGGCCAACUAAUGAAUUGAAAAAUGAAUCGAUGCAGACAGAGCGAGCGGGGCCUCGACCUCUCCCUCAAGGUGAAAAUUAAGACGCUCGGCGGCAGGUCUUCCAGGCCCAGGUCUAUAUUUUUUUGCACAGAUGUUGGAGGGCCUGCCAUUGUAAAAAGCCUGAGCUCAGAGUUCUCUGACCACAACCAGGGAGAGGACUGGCGACACGUCUGGACAAGCUCUUUGUUCCACCGGGAGUUUUUUUUCCCUCCUGUGAUCGAUAAGCCGAAAAGCGACAACAACACGCUCGAGCAUCCGUCCGGUUUCUAUAGGGAGAGUAAAAGGAGCACCCAGUGGAGAUGGUGACACAAAAGGCCCCAUAUAAAAGCAGCACACCUCGCCUGCACGGCUCUAGCAGAGCCACAGUGCGCCCUGCCGGCCAGAGCACAGAGGAGAGAGGCACAAAACAUUGAUCAAUAAGCAGCCAUUUUCCUAUUGUUGCUCCUCAUCCAAAGACGAAAAAGAGGGGGGAUGGUCCAAACCCAAUUGGAAAACUGCAGGGAUCCAGCAAAGACACAGACCAAAAAGUUUGAAAGCUUUACAAACAAAACAAAAAACAAAAAAAAGGAGAGAGAAAGGUACAACAGACAAAACGAGGUGCAGCGGCGGUUUACUAUUUAUUUUGGGAGGCUUUGUUGUUUCAUUCAAAGGAGUAUUUGGGCCACACUGAAAGGGAAAAAAAAAAUAAUGAUUGCGCAAACAAAGUCACAAUCGAAGAAAGUCAACAAAGGCUAGCAGUAGGAAAUUCCAAAUAGCUACAUCCCAACAGACUGCUCCUUUGAAGUUAUUUCACAUGCCCUUGGAAAAUUACAACUUUGCAAGAAUUUUUGACUCGUCUUGUAAAAUGACAUCUUUUUGUUCUGUAAAAUAAUUGUUUUCCCUUGAACAAUUCAACUUACUAAGAUGGAUACGAUUUUCUUAAAAAAACAAAAACAACAAGACUACUUCAAAUAUGCUUUAAGUGUUUUGACAUUCUAGAAAAAAAUGAAAAUUUUCUGGAAAAUAAUUACUCAGAAAUACUUCUUAAAAACAUAUAUUUUGUUUCUCAAAAGAAAUCAACAACUCUAUGGGGGAGUCUGCAAUUGUUUUUAAAAUCCCCCUUUUGUCAAACUUGUUAAACAGUCACAAUUUGACAGUAGUACAUGAUAAAUAUGAUCAAUGAAAGAAAAUUUAAACAAAAAAUCUUGUGCCUCUAAUUUCAUAUACAAGAAACAACCACGCCUGAGGAAAAACAACAAGUCAGCAACAGAGGGCAUGACUAACAAGGUGUCCACCAUUUGUCACAUGCUAAAAAAUAAAAACGAUAACAUUUAGUGUUACUCCAAUACUUCACUCUAAUACAAAUGAGGUGCUUUUCUGUUUUUGUUAAAUUGCAAACUCCCACUUCAAUAAUCCCAAAACGACUACCUUUUUUCUCCACCAAAAAAACCCUCUCUCAUUACUUUUGCCCAAAAUUACAACUCAUCUAAUCACAACUAUUCAUAUGGUAUUUCAUUCUUUUCAGUGUGGCCCUAAUACUCUCCUAGAAUUGAUAGUUCCAUGCCAUAUUUCUAAACCACACACACACAAAGGGGUUAGCUGUAGCCUACAUGCAAGCUGUCAAAAAUGCUACAAUACAUUUUGUGCCAAUGCUUUACUGCCUUAAUUCCAAUCAGACAACACGGUAGUGGGCUUACACACACUGGCGACAGGAGGUACGUGUGCGCCAUAGCAGUCAACAAUCGGCUUUAAUUCUUUUUUUCUUUUCUAAUUAGGAAUGAAAGACAAACCUCAAAAGACGACACAAGACCCGUAUGUGUUGCAAAUAGUCCAGAAAGUUGGUCAUUGUUUGGUUUUCUACCUCCCCUUCACCCUUUUCCUCUCUAUGACAAUGCGGGUAUUCAAUUAGUACCAUAGACACAGUUUCUAUUUCUUCUUACUAUUGUGCUCUGUCGUGCAUAAAGUAAGGCACCUUGUUGAUAAAUCAAAAACCCAAAAAGAUAGGACUUUCUAAAAGAGUGACGUGGCUAAUGAAGGACAUUUGGUUUUGGUUUUAUUUUGGCAUUCAGCCGGACUCUGAAGAGACGUGCACCACGAGAAAAGGAAACAGGGAGCUGCUGGAAAAGAAAGGACUUUUUCUGGGCAAUUUUUGUCAGAACUGUGGUACUUUUUUGAGCCCUUCAAUAGAAAGGGACAAAGAAACAUGACCUUUG